UUUUAUGGUGCAAGGUAUUUGUGGUAGCACAAAUACACAUUCUAAAAUUAUAAUAUUUGUGGAACAGGUUUCCACAAUUAAUAAAUGCCAAUAACUUUCUUACGGUGGAGUGUAUAGACAUAUAAAUUAUAUUUUUAGGUCGUGGACAGCGAGUUCGUAUCAUUUCGUACAAAAAUAGAGAUGCUACCACAAAUGUCUUUACUGCACGGUUGUCACAAAUAUGGUCAUACGUGUAUAGAAUGCAAGUGGAGUAUCCGAGUGAAGCUGGUCAGGCCAUUCUCAAGAUCGAAGAUGUACAUUUGGAAGAUGAAGCGAUAUAUAAGUGCGAAAUAACUUACAUCGAAGUGAAGGAAACCUGUCACGAAGUUGUGCAAAUCGUUAAUCUUACUACACUAGUUAAACCUGAGGUGGUAAGAAUUAUUGGAGACAGUAAUGGAGUAACCGGUGUGACAAUCGAGAGUGGUUCAACGCUGGGUCCAAAAGAAGAAGGUUCUGAAGUGGACCUGGUGUGCGAAGCUGGAAGUGGCAAACCCAUCCCCAGGGUCAGUUGGUACAACGGCACGACACUGAUUUCUAGAGCUCAGUACACGGCCAACGAUGCGGGAGAUGGCGUGGGAACCGGCAGAUCGAAACUACAGCUGACGCUGACCAGAGGCGAUCUGAACGCCCAGUUUAUUUGUAAGGUCGAGAGCGAAGCCCUAGACGAACCGAUCCUACAGUGGGUUAAAAUAGAUGUACACGUGCGUCCGACAAGGAUGGAAUUAUCCGGAGUGAAAAAUCACGUGGUCCAAGGUACAAACGUCCUGCUAAUUUGCGAUGUCUACGGAGCAAGACCAGCGGCCACCGUAAGAUGGACUAAUGGCUCUGUUCCCAUAACUGAUGAGAGUCUAGUGCAGACUAGUCCGCAGGAUAAUUCACGUUUGUCGACAGAUAUCAGAUAUGAUGAUAGAGACGGUACGUACACAACAAAGAGCCAGCUGAUUUUCGAAGCCAGCCAUUGGGAAAAUGGGAUGAAAGUCUACUGCUACGCCGAGAAUAACGUCACGAAGCAUCACUACGAACCGGAAAUGCACGAUAUGCUAAUACUCGAAGUCAGAUAUCCGCCAGUAAUAUCUGUACGUCCGAAAAACAUAACCGUGAACGAGAGUACGGCCCUGACGACAUCGACAAGCGGAACAUUGUUGAUCUGCAGUUACAAAGCCAACCCGCAGGAGCUUAGAGGAGCUUUAUGGUCCAAAGAUGGUACAAAUUUAACUUUAUCUGAUUCAUCCAAAUACAAGGGAGGCACCGUAGAAAAUCCACCUUUAAUAAUCUACAACGUGACAAGAGACGAUAUGGGAGAGUACAGUUGUUGGUUAAAGAACGAAGUGGGUUCAGAACAAUCAGCUGAUAGCAUAUUUUUAAAUGUUCAGUAUCCUCCAGAUGUAGUAGUUCUUAUGGAUCCCCCUACACCAGUAAAAGCUCAAGACAGAACAAACGUAAUGUUACAAUGCAACGUUACUUCAGGAAAUCCCUCAAACCUAUCAAAGGUGCGCUGGUUUUUGGAUGGCGAACUAAUGAAAGAAUUCCCCGAGUGUAAUUACACCGCCAAGGAUGAUACCGGUGGUCCGUUCUGCGGAUUAGAUCCUAGUUUUCUCAGUUUGGAAACAGUGGACGAGACUUUUGCUGGAAACUACACCUGCCAAGGAGAAAAUGUCGCUGGCUGGGGACCAGUUUCGGACCCUGUAGAACUAAUCGUUUACUACCCUCCGAGUCCGGCCAAGAUUCGCUACUACCCCUCGAAAGUGGUGAAAGGUGCCGAGGUGAAUUUAGAAUGCAAAGUGGACUCGACCGGCCGGCCCGAGAACGUCACCUACAUCUGGUACAGGGGCUCGCAUCAGAUGACGGAAAUUACGACGUCGAAGCACAAGAUCGUGCCCGUGGGCCUGGAGACCAGGAGCAACUUUACCUGUAUAGCGGUGAACGAGGGAGGGCAAAGCGACCCGGCCACAGCUUUUAUUAACGUCAACGCUCCCCCAGCCUUAUUUGACAGGCUCAAGUCUUACCAAGGCAUUCUGUAUUCGUCACAACAUAUAAACCUGACCUGCAGGGUGGAGUGCUUCCCUCUGUGUAACAUAAUAUGGAAGAAGAACGGUAGGAUCUUGGAAUUUAACGAAAGAAACAAGCUUUAUUACAAUAAGACGGUUAUCCAUCCCCCCGAUUUGCAGAAGAAUAUUUUCGAAUCCAUCGAGUCUACACUUAUAUGGAAUAUGACGGCUAGGCCGGGCCAGAGGCUGAACCGUACUGACCCCAACUCCAAUUACACCUGUCAAAGCGAAUCGAACCAAAUUGGACCCGGAGUCAGUUCCACCAUCGAAAUAGCUGUCGAUUAUCCCCCUGAAGACGUACGCGUUUCAUCGAAUCUAAUCAACGUCGUAGAAGGCCAAUCUCCAAGUCCUGUCAAAUGUCAUGGAAAAGGUCACCCCAAUCUUACGUAUAAGUGGAAGAAGAACGCCACCGCAGAGCCUAAAGACUACGGAGAAGAGUUGCGUUUGGGGCCUAUGAUGCGCUCAGAUUCUGGAAGUUAUACUUGUGAGGCGUCCAACAAGCACGGCAAGGAGAAUGCGAUAGUUUAUUUCAAUGUGCAAUACGCUCCUGAAUGUUCGAUAACCCGCACUGAAAAGGAUGGCAGUCCAGCUCUACUGUGCACCGUCCAGGCCAAUCCUCAGGAAGUGGUUUUCUUCUGGAAAGCUAAAGAAGGCAACGAAACGUACACCGAAACCAACAACGUCAUUCAGGACGGUUUAAAGAGCUUCCUAAUACUAGAUUCAACAGUGGACACUAAAAGGACCUAUCAAUGCUUUGCUAACAAUUCUGUUGGAUUCAGUGACAAGCAACCAUGCGAAAUGGACGUGGCAGGAAUACAUGAUCCAUCUGAUUUCAUUGAAGAUACAGGAAUCUUGCCCUGGUGGAAACGACUAAACCAAGAAAAAUUAAUUAUCAUUAUUGCGGCAAUAGUUGCUAUCAUCAUCUGCGUUAUAAUAAUCUGCAUCGUUAUCAUCGUUCUCUGCAGAAGGAAGAGAGCCAGCACCAAAUACAAUAACCCACUGGAAAUGGAAGAACGAGAAAAGUUUCUGUGCUCUCAAAGUCCGGAUGUUCUUGGGUUGCCUUUGGUACCCUGCGGUAGGGUGACUUACUUGGGGAACCAAGUUGUGACUUUUAAAAAAAUCGAGUCUUCACCACCAAUGUUAACCAGAAUGGAUCAGGUGAACCCGCGAAAAAGGAAAAAGCCUGGCGAUGCACCACACAACCCAUCCUCUACAGUCGGAGAUAAGAUUCGGCAGGGGGGUGUCCCACCGGUUGGAAAUAUGCAGGACCACCCCCUUUCCAACAACGCGGCCGACCCCAACGACAAAGGUUUCUAUGAAAACUUGCCCUUCCAUGGCAUUCAAAACCCGCCCAACAAGAAUGCAUUCUAUACCCUAACAACCCCCCACUGCAAGCAAACCAUCUUACCUCCGCAAUACUCAGCUACAAUACCCCACCAGAAGCAUGCCAAGUUAAUGCCCAAAGCCCUCUUCCAAGAACAGCUCGCCAAGAGCAAAAGCUUCUCCAGCAAGUCGAAGCACAAACGACAUUUCCAAAUUCCGCUCCAGAAAUGUCACAGUUUCAAGUUUCAAACGGCCGAGAGCUACUUCCAGCCUAUCAAAAAUAUCCACGAGGAGAACUUGAUGCGUAACGGAUACGUCAGUGAGUACCCCGCAGGUGGUUCCAGCACCACUAGCCUCCACGGUACCAGGAACCAUAAACGGGACAAACCGAAGCAGAAAACUAAAGGUCCGUUGGUACUGAGGCACGCGAACGAUCAAUUCCAGGAGAAUAUUCAGAAUUCGGUGCAGUUACAGUAUCCACAGCCCAUAUUGCCUAAUACUAGAGGUGGGAUACUACCGCAUCCCAAGCAGAACGGUGUUGUCCAGUACGCUGACUUGGACAUGCCGUCGAGCAGGAAGAGUUCGCACGAAAGUUCUAGCUCGGGUUCGACGAAAGGACACGCUAAAAAACAGAAACAAAAGACUGAAUACGCUACUUUAAAAUUCAACGAUAUAGGACAAGAGAUAGAUGUUUAAUAGAGACAAAAAUAGGAGUGAUGUGAGGUGAAUAUGAACUGUCAGAAGCAGAUCGACUAACGGGACUACACCAAGCGGUAGCGAUACAUAUAUUUUUUAAGCCCUACAGACCGGACCCUUGUGACCUGCUCUACGCUGACGUCGAUUACAAAUCCAACUACGGACCUAUUAACUACAAAGCCGCAUCUAUCUAUG